GUGACACCACAUUAAAUGUUACUCUUUUUAUUUCUAUACGUCCUUAUAUGUAAUUAUAGGGUUAAAAUACAGUAGCAUUGAGUCACGACUUCUGCACUGAAAUGCUUAAUAUGUAGCUAAACCUGUUUUUCCAAUCUUAUAAAUUCUCAACAACUGACUGGAGGACUUGAGCCAACGCUCGCUGGCCUGCGGUGAACAAAGGGUUAACCAAAGAUGCAAGAGAGACACCGUGGAGGGAAAGCCGGGGACAGCAGACGAGCCACCGCAGACGGACAACGCGACACUCUGGAACGACCUGACCGGGUGAUGUGCUUCAUGCGCCGGCGUGUGUGCUAAGGGAGACACCGCAGAGCUCAAUCUGAAGAGCUGCGUCUGAUUUGGAAACGGGUAAUCAGCCAAAAAGCAAGAUGGUGACCUUGGAAACCCCGGAGUCCCCUGUCCCUCUGACGGCACUGUCCCGCUGGUACCUCUACGCCAUCCACGGCUACUUCUGCGAGGUCAUGUUCACAGCCGCCUGGGAGUUCGUCGUCAACUGCAACUGGAAAUUCCCCGGCGUGACCAGCGUGUGGGCGCUCUUCAUCUACGGCACCUGCAUCCUCAUCGUGGAGCAGAUGUACCUGCAGCUGCGAGACCGCUGCCCCGUGCUAGUGCGCUGCAUCAUCUACACCUUAUGGACGUACCUCUGGGAGUUUGGCACCGGAUUUCUGCUGCGCCAGUUCAACGCCUGCCCCUGGGACUACUCCGAGUUCCGCUACAACUUCAUGGGACUGAUCACGGCUGAGUAUGCGGUGCCCUGGUUCUGCGCCUCUUUCAUCGUGGAGCGCCUGGUCAUUCGCAGAACGCUGCGACUGCGCUUCCACGAGGGGUCUGAGGACGGCUGGUCAAAGCAUCUGUUAGAUGCUGGGGGUGGAGUAGGAGGAGCGAUAGGACCUGGUGCCGGUGAGAGGAGGAGAGAGAGGAGCAGGGGUAUGGGGAGUGAUGCUAACGGCUACCUUAAAGUAGAAUGAGUGUUGAAGCAGAAGAAUGACACACUCAGAAGCAGUCCAAUCGCCCUACUACACCUCCUCCACCUUCCUAAGCCACUUUUCAUAAACUUCCUCCCAGUCACUGUUUUGGGGGGAGGACAAACAGACAGCUGUGUGGACUGGGCUCACAUGCAGAGGUGUGAAGAGUAUGAAAAAAGCGAGAAAACAAAAUCUGAGUGGGUCUUAAAAACACCCAAAUCACUCUGUGUGCGCUCUACGGUCAACAGAGGCACCACAACUCCAUGCUGCUGUGUUUGCUGCAUCCCAUAAUUCCCCCACCCAUUCCCACCCAUGUGCCGCUGACCUUGACGAGAUCAGUUUCUUGAAUGACCGGGAUUACACUCUCAAUUUCUUUUCUCCCAUCGACUGCAAAAAACUCGGGAUUUAAAAAAAAAAAAAAACAAGUUGCAGAGAUUAGCGUUAUCACCCUGCAGAGGAACAAACAGUAAUAAUUCUGUUUUUCAAGGGCACCUCAGUCUGUGUGAAAGCAGAAUGUUAGCUGCAAAGAAGACAAAAUAAAAGUAGCUGCAGCUGUUGUUUUUAAAAUGUACAUAAUGUCCUUUAGUAUUAUUCAAAAGUACUGUAGUAAUGUAGCUGCAAGAAGCUCUUACAGAACAUACCGUCCACCCAGAGGCAGGGCUCCAUGUGUCUGCUUACACCAUGAAGAAUGUUUUUCUGCCGUUAGUGAAUACCCACAAUGCCUGGUAUAGAAAUAAAGCAUGAGAAAGUUGUCUUCCUAUAUAGUAUACGUUUCUACGGAGCUCAUUCAGCCGCCACACUGUAUGUCUUGUGAGUCAGCCUGCUGCUUGUGUGUGAAGGACGACAGUGAUCCACGGACAGUACUCCUUCUUGACAGCAUGUUGAAGUGUCAACGAGCGAGACACUGAACCUCAAACUGCUCCUGGUGAGCAGGUCACAGCCUUGCAUGGCAGCUUCUCCGCCAUCAAUAUCUGAAUGGGUUUGUGUGUGUGUAUGUGUGUGUGCACAAGUGUAGGCGCCAAAUAGAUGUAGUCCAUUUACAAUAAUAGCAGGGCUGCUUUCUGUUCAUGGCAGUGAUUGUGAGUCAUGAGCAGCAGCAUAAAGCAUCAAACCUCAGUAAUUUCCUUUUUUAUAGUUUCCCAAUAAUCUUUCAUGACUCACUCUGUGUGUGUGUGCAUGUCCAUUAGUGUGUGCUUAAAAUGUUGUCACUCAUCUGCUGGGGUCACGAAAGCCUAAUUUCUUCAUUCACUUCAAAUUUAUUUUAAUAUCUGUCCACUUUUGCUCUUUGUGUGUGGAACUUAUUUUCCACGUGGCUUCUUCCACACGAUCAAAAUAUGUUUUUGUCACUAUAAUGAAAUACUACUGAAUUUCUCCUUACACUGUAACUGACUAAAGUCGUCAUUUUUCACAAGAAAUCUGGAGUUUCUACUUGAAAACACAAGAAACAGUGUCACAGGUUUUAUCCACCAGAGCAUUUAUUCAAGCUAUUGUCUGUUUUUUUUCCUCAAUUUUAUCCUGUUUGAUUUAAUGCAGGUAAUUUUAAUAGAAGAAGGUUACAAUUGAGGAAACCCUCUUGUUGUGAUAUGUCAGUCAUAAUUGUUUCGGUGAAUAUUCCUUUGCUUCAGAAAUGCUAAAAAUGCUUCACAAUCCCCAUGUUUACUUAAAGUAUAAACUGAUAUAACAUACUAAAACCAAAAAAAAUAUAUAGCACUUAAGAUAGUAUUUCAAACUACUUGUCUUAAAUGGUCUUAUGUUCAAACAUGGGGCACUCAGGCAGGUGAAAAUGUAAAGAACACUGUUUAUUUCCUCAAAUGUUGUCCAUGUGGAUCAUGUGACUUCUUCUACUAAACAGAAAGUGACUGUACACACUCCUCUUUCAUGCAAAAAUGAGGUGGCAGUUUAUGUUAAUGGACUGAAAGAGCCGCUGGAUGUGGUGCUACUGGGUCAUGCAUUAAAACAAGAAAGACACUACCCUUUAUACUGAUGUGAAGCUACCAGGGGCCCGACGGUAAAGAUGGAAGUAUGAGGAGUAUUGCUCCUGAGGACUAUAAAAACAUGGACUUUAACAUUUUAACUGCGAAUAGAAAAACUGCAAAAAAAUAAAAU